CAAAGGAGCUAAUCUAUCGUUAUGCUGAUGUAUCAACAAUUUUAAUAGCAAGUGCCAUUUUUGGACGUCUACAGUAAAAACGGUUGUGUAGUUGGAAGACGAUCAACACACAGACUCGAAGGAUUGCGGAGCUGGAAACUGUGAGCACUCAAAAUGCGUUGCUCAUUGUUCGUUUGCCUCAUCGUUGGGGCGGUUUUCAACUACGGCGCUGGCGUUGAUCCAAGCAAUUUCAAGACCUGCGAGCAAAGCAGUUUUUGCAGGCGGUCGCGCAAGGUGCAAAGCUCGGGUAGCAAAUAUGCCCUCAUACGAGGCACUCUGAAUACGUAUACAGAUUCGGUGACCGCUGAUCUGAUCAAUAAGGAGAAUCAUCAUCAGUUUACGCUAAAGCUGGAGGCGCUGGUUGGCAGCACCUUCCGGUUACAGAUUGAUGAGAAGCAACCGUUGCGUCCACGUUAUCGCGUUGAGCAUGCGUUGAAAGGCAAGCCGGAGACGACACGGAUACGUGUGGAGGAAUCUGAUGAGCUGACCAUUACGGUUGGCAAGUCCAAAGCUGUGAUACAUGGCGAUCCAUUUCGCAUUGACUUCUAUGAGGAUGAUGUGCACGUCGUCUCGGUGAAUGCCAAGAACUGGUUGUACUUUGAGCAUUUGCGCCAGAAGGCGCAAGCUCCUGCAGAGCAAGCCGAGGGCGGCGAUCAGGCACAUCAGCAGCAGGAUCAGCAAGACAAUAGUGACAUGGUACAGCCAGCUAGCGAACCUAUUGACGAUCCCGGAGCAUGGGAAGAGAACUUCAAAUCGCAUCAUGACUCCAAACCCUAUGGACCAGAGGCCGUUGCCCUCGAUUUCUCUUUCCCCGCCGCGGAGAUGCUCUUUGGCAUACCCGAGCAUGCCGAUGCCUUUCAACUCAAAUCAACAUCCGGCACGGAACCCUAUCGUCUAUACAAUUUGGAUGUCUUUGAGUAUAUUGUGGACAGUAAAAUGGCCCUUUAUGGCUCUGUGCCAGUGCUGUAUGCUCAUGGUCCACAACGCACCGCCGGCGUCUAUUGGCAGAAUUCCGCUGAGAGUUGGGUGGAUAUCUACACGACUGAGUCGAAUGUUGUUUCCUCGUUGGUCAACUUUGUAUCUGGUUCGAGGAAAUCGACGCCACCUUUGGCCCACUUCAUAUCCGAGUCGGGCAUUGUGGAUGCAUUCAUAAUGCUCGGACCCAAGCCCAUGGAUGUGUUCAAGCAGUAUGCAGCGCUGACCGGAACGCACGAACUGCCGCAGUUGUUUGCGUUGGCCUAUCAUCAGUCUCGGUGGAACUACAAUGAUGAGCGCGAUGUUACCUCCGUUUCGGCCAAGUUCGAUGAGUACAAUAUGCCAAUGGAUACCAUGUGGCUGGAUAUUGAGUAUACGGAUGGCAAGCGCUACUUCACAUGGGACAAAUUCAAGUUCCCCGAACCGUUGACUAUGAUUAAGAACCUAACAGAGCUGGGUCGCCACUUGGUCGUCAUCAUUGAUCCGCACAUCAAGCGUGACAAUGCGUACUUCUUCCAUCAGGAUUGCACGGAGAAUGGUUACUAUGUGAAGACGCGCGAGGGCAAUGACUAUGAGGGCUGGUGCUGGCCGGGAUCUGCCAGCUAUCCGGACUUCUUCAAUCCCGUUGUGCGCGACUACUAUGCCAGCCAGUAUAGCUUGUCCAAAUUCAAGACGGUCUCGAAGGAUGUGAUGAUCUGGAAUGAUAUGAAUGAGCCAUCGGUGUUUAAUGGCCCCGAAGUAACCGCGCCCAAGGAUCUGGUUCACUAUGGCAAUUGGGAGCACCGCGAUGUUCACAAUCUCUACGGUCAUAUGCAUCUGAUGGGCACCUUUGCUGGCCUGAAGCAGCGCGAUCCUCAACAGCGUCCCUUCAUCUUAACGCGCGCCCAUUUCGCUGGCUCGCAGCGUUAUGCAGCCAUUUGGACCGGUGACAAUUUUGCUGAUUGGGCGCAUUUGCAGCAUUCCAUCAAGAUGUGCCUCACAGAGGCUGUUGCCGGCUUCUCCUUUUGCGGCGCCGAUAUAGGCGGCUUCUUUGGCAACCCGGAUAACGAGCUGCUGGAGCGCUGGUACCAGACCGCCGCCUUUUUGCCUUUCUUCCGUGCACAUGCUCAUAUCGAUACCAAGCGCCGUGAACCAUGGCUGUUCCCUGAGCGCACACGGCAUGUUAUCAAGAACGCUUUGCUUAAGCGCUACAGCUAUUUGCCCUUGUGGUACACCAGCUUCUAUGAGUUAGAGCAGACAGGCGCGCCAGUAAUACGUCCACUGCUGGCCCACUAUCCAGUUGAUAAGGAGGCGUUUGCCAUCGACAAUCAGCUGCUGGUGCAGCAGCGUCUUCUGGUGCGUCCUGUGAUGCAGCAAGGCGUUAGCAAGGUGGAUGUCUAUUUCCCUGCCAUUGACGACAAGAAGAACGGCGACUACUGGUACGAUGCGGAUACAUAUCAAAGACAGGAGCGUGUUGGCUACGAAAGCAUACCAGUUACCGACGAUAAAAUACCCGUUUUUCAACGCGGCGGCAGCAUUGUGCCCAAGAAGGAGCGUCAGCGUCGCUCGUCUACGCUGAUGCUUAACGAUCCGUACACGCUGGUUAUUUGCUUGGAUCGCCAGGGCAAGGCUGCUGGCACGCUCUUCAUAGACGAUGAGAAAUCGUAUGCGUACCGCACUGGCGAAAGCAUCUAUGUGAGCUACGAGUUCGCCAACAAUCAGUUGACCAAUCGCUUCAUUGGCAAGCCUCACUUCAAAUCCGACGCCUGGAUUGAGCGCAUCGUCAUUGCAGGACUGGGCUAUGCGCCAAUAGAUGCCACCAUCACCGCCAAUGGCAUCACCCAGAAGCUGGAGAUAGAGCAACGCUCCAAUGGAGCCAUUGUCGUGCGCAAACCAGCGGUCAAAAUGAAUGUGGACUUUGCACUCAAGCUCAACGCAGCUUAGUUACGGUAUUAACUGAAUAUGUCCUGCUAGCCCAACCCAACCCAACCCGGCCAACCCAGCAGGAUUAGACAUUAUUCGUAUAUAUUAACAAUUACAAUAUAUUUCUUUACCUUUAUUUUUUUUUGUGUUCCAUGUAAGCUUCUAGUAGUUAAUAGUAAAUAUGUUUUCAAUUCCAGAUGAAACAACAAAAGAUUCCAAUAAAUGAGUUACAUGCGAAUUCCAAUUUGGACAAUUUUCUUCUCUAUAAAUAGUGCAUAGGAAACUAGUCUGUUCUGGAUGAAUCGGGCAUCGCUAUAAUAUUUCUAUACUGCUCUAAGAUACAAUGUGAACUGAAGCCCGUUGGGUCUCUCUUCAUUUGUAUACCCUUUGUCAUCAGUGGGGAGUUUGGGGCAUGAAGUUCUUGAUUUGAUUUUUAGCUAUUUACUUAACAUAAGCACUUACACAUCUGUAUAUACGUAAAUAUAAUGAC